UUUUCUCUAUUACAAUGUCGAAGGAUAGAACAAAUGGGAAGAACGAAAAGAAAGGUAUAGUGAAGAAAUUAAGAAAGAGUCUUCUACUAGGGAAGAAAUAUUCGAUGGAUGAUCAAUCGGAAAACGAGUCAAGGGACGUACCGGAGGACGUGAAGGAAGGGCAUUUCGCGGUCAUUGCGAUGGACAACGAUGAGCUCAAGAGAUUUGUAGUGCCAUUAAGUUGCUUAAGACACCCUUCAUUCUUGAGGCUAUUGGAACAAGCUGCUGAGGUAUAUGGUUUUGAUCAUGAAGGUGCACUUACAUUACCAUGUAGACCUAGUGAGAUGGAGAGGAUUUUGGCUCUAAUAUAUAUGGAGUUUGCGCAUGAUUGCUUAGCUUAGUAGCUUUAACUUUUUUUUACUAGUGAGAUGUUGCAAUUGGAUACUUCUGAUUAAUAUGAUGGGAAGAGGAGGAAAAAAGGAAGUUAUGAUGAAUCCAAUUCCGCUCUGAUACCAGUUGUCAUAGUAAUAUUUGAGUCGAUCAAUAUUUUCAAAAUCUAAUUCAUAUAUUCUAUAGUUUUUUCUUUGUUUUGGUCAUGGUUUUGAAAUGUCUAUCAUGCGGAUGUAGCACAAUGUGUGUUAUAAUAGUAGAGUGGAGAAAGAGUUCUAGUUCAAUUUUGAAGUGGAGGAAAAAGUGAUGAAAAAUAGAUGGAGUGAUUGAUUUUAGCUAUGGA